UAGACUGAUAAAGAUGUCAAUAAUAUACAUCUCGUACUCAGCUCAGCUUGACAGAUUGGAUCAGAUUCAUUCAAAAGACAAAAGAAAAAGUGCCCUAAAUUUGUCACCGGGUCAAUAGAUUACCAUUACUAUGACUUCAUCCAGUGAUGGCUGUGAGAUUUUUGAAAUCAAGAAGGCUCUGAAAGUCUGGGAGAAUGGCUUCAAAGAGAGUCACAACCGCAAACCAGGCCGAGAUGACAUGGUGUCAGCUCCACAGAAUAUUCAAGAUUUGUAUAGCAAGUAUAACAAGUUGAAGAAACUGCAAAGGUGUGGCAGCAGUAUCAGUCAGGAUGAUGGGAAAAGAUCCAGCCAUGAUACAAGUCACACUAGCGACACCUCCAUGAACAACAAAAAGGACAAGUCGGAAGAGAAUCUGGACAGUAGUGCAGAUUCUACAUGUGAAGAUGUUUGGGGAGCGCACCUGAAUAAAACCAAAAAGAAUCAACCGGAAGAGGAUAAUAAGGGAACUGAAAAGAAGGUGGAACAAUCAGAUGCAGCCCUGAAGAUGUACAGUAAGAAACUCUUCAAUAAUAGCAACUCGUAUAGUCAGCUGUCGUGUGGUCCAAGACAAGGAAAGAUCAAUGCCAAAAAGCAAAGCUUCUGGUCAAAAGACGAGACGUCUGAUCCAAAAGAAUUUGAUUCCUCCAAGCAAGCAUCUUCCAUUCAUAACCAGUCUGGAGACCAUGGAGGACCUGCACCGGUCUUGGAUUUCUUUGGAACCAAACUCAGUUCAAAAUCCAUCAGGCUUGGAUCUUGCAUGGCAGGAAGGACUACGGUAGACACGGCUCGGGCGGUUGGACCGAGACUUCCGAAGACCAGGAACCACUUGUUACAGGAAGACUGGCUCAAGAAAUGUGAGGAGAAUGAGAUUGUGCCAUUGCAAGAUGACAUGGAUAUGAGUGAGAAGUCUAAGCUCAAAGACAGCAUGGAAGUGACUGGGAACCCAGUAUCUAAUGGUAAAAGAUGUCCCAGGAAAACCAGGACUAGUGUAAGGGAACGUGCUGAUGAUCUUGAGGCAGAUAUCAUCAGAUGUAGUCCAGAGAAGCAGAACCAACCUUCACAAAAUAUGCAUCCAGCAUCAGAUAGGACUGAUGGAUUCACAUGUAUUGUAAAGAAGAAGGACGUUUCAAGUUGUUCAUCUCCAGCUGAACACAGCUCAUCAAAGGAGACAUCAGAUACAAUAUCAGAUCAAUUCAUGGAAAGUGUGUCAAGGAAAGAAAGAGCUACAGGGGAGUCUGGGAGUAGUAAUGAUGCUUCAGAUGUGAAUGAUAGAAUCUCCAAAGAUGAAUCAUCCAAUCAAGAAUCCCAUGUCAAAUUGCACCAAAAGGUAGAUAGCUUAGAUGAUAUAGGCAAGAGCGAAGGACAGAAGAAGAGAGUCAAUGUUUCUCCAUCAGCCCCACCGUCCAAGAGAAGGAAAACUGGUAGGAAGGAGAUGUUGAUUGAUGAUGGAGAAGAGAAAGAAGAACAGAAGAUGGAUGAGGGUAAUGAUGGCGAGGAAGAUUCUCCGGUGAGUGUGAAGAGAGCGAAAGCAUCAGGGGGUGCCGUCUCUUCAUCCAAACGGAAUCUAAACGAGAACUUUGUGCGCCUGAACAUGCUCACCAAGAGCUACCGGAGGAAAGGGAAAGGGAUGCGAGGAGAGGCUUACAAAAGAAUGAUGUGGAAGCAGAAGACUGGUGCUGGUGGUUCAUACAGGGGCGGUGGAGGUGGAGGAAGAGGGAGGAAGGGAUUCAAACCCAGAGGAAUGAGCGAAGGAACGGAUAAGUGUUUCAAGUGUGGAGGGACAGGUCACUGGGCAAGUAAAUGUACAGGACAAGGCUCUAUGAAGAAGAAGCAAUGUGAGGAUGAACCUGAGGAUCCAGAGGCCGUGAUGGGUCCUCUACCUACCCUUGAGGAAGCUGCUCUUGCUGCAGUUGGUGCCAAGCCUCAACCAGGUAACCUCUCUGAUGAAGGAAGAGGAGAUACGUUUGAACCUCUGAGCAUCGCCACACCUAUCUAUGAGAAUCCUACCGCUUCACGUUCUAUUGAUCCAUUGUUUGAGCCGACAGAACAAGGCAUUCCAGAUGCAACUCCAAAGGCUGUGUUUACCGCAUUGAAUAAGAUGGGUUAUGAGACGUUUAGACCUGGUCAGGAAGAAGCUAUCAUGAGAAUAUUAUCAGGGCUUUCCACACUGGUAGUACUAUCAACAGGAGCAGGGAAGUCUUUAUGCUACCAGCUACCAGCCUACAUGUACAACCAACGCAAACCAGCCAUCUGCCUUGUCAUCUCUCCUCUCGUUUCACUUAUGGAAGAUCAAGUACUGGGGCUCCCUCGCUGUCUCAAGGGUGCUAGACUGCAUAGUCACAUGACCAAACCACAGAGAGACAAGGUCCAUGCUGAGAUUGAGGCAGGGAAGGUGCAGAUCUUACUGGUAUCACCUGAAGCAGUGGUAGGAGGGGGUACAAACUGCCUCCCUCACCCCUCCAAAAUGCCACCUGUUGCCUUUGCCUGUGUAGAUGAAGCACAUUGCAUCUCGGAAUGGAGUCACAACUUCAGACCAUCUUAUCUAAUGCUCUGCAAGGUUUUAAAGGACAGACUUGGUGUCCACUGCAUCUUGGCACUGACUGCUACUGCCACUAAGACUACUUCUGACAGUGUCGCCCACCACCUUGGCAUCGCUGAACAACCUGGAGCAGUCAUCAGGGGAUGUUCAGUGCCUAACAACCUACAGCUCUCGGCCUCGAAGGAUCUUGACAGAGAAAGGGCUUUGAUCGAGUUGUUGAAAGGCGAGAGAUUCCGCAAACUGAAGUCUAUCAUAGUAUACUGUAUUAGACGAGAAGAGACAGAGAGGAUUGCAUCUCUCAUCAGAACUUGUCUGCAGAGUGAACCCUUCUACUCCGAUGAUGAUGAUGAUGGUGGUGAUGAGGAGAAGAUGGAAAUUGGAGAGGAGGAAGAGGAGAAGAAAGCUGAAAAGAAGGAAUGCAAGAAGAGCAGCUAUCAGAAGAAAAUCAGAAAGUCAAAGAAGAAUAGGAAACCAGCCAAACUUGAAGUGAACAGUUGCGAGGCCUACCAUGCUGGAAAGUCCCCCGCAGAGCGCAGGAGAGUUCAGAACUGCUUCAUGUCCGGCAACCUACGCAUAGUGGUUGCUACUGUGGCGUUCGGUAUGGGGCUGGACAAAGCCGAUGUGAGAGCCGUGAUUCAUUUCAAUCUGCCGAGGACAUUCGAGAGCUUUGUUCAAGAGAUAGGAAGAGCUGGGAGAGAUGGGCUGCCGGCACAUUGCCAUGUCUUCCUUGAUAAGACUGGGAGUGAUGUAUGGGAGCUGAAGAGACAUACCUUUGGAAAUUCUGUGGAUCGUUUCACUGUCAAGAAAUUAGUCAAGAGGAUCUUCAAACCCUGUAAAUGCAACCAGAUUCACCAGCUAAAACAGGCAAAUGAAGAAAAUCCCACAGAUGAGCCAUCCCAAAAUAUCUGUCCAGGACAUGCGUCUUCCAUGCCAGUUGAGACAACAGUACAGGAUCUGGAUAUAAAAGAAGAAGGUACAUGUUUUAUCAUGAUUAUCUUUGAAGGUCUGAAUGAUGGUAUAGCAACCUUGAUGUGUUACCUAGAGCUCCACCCGGACCGCUGGUUAGUGACACGCCCACACACCUACACCACUUGCAUGCUCAACUUCUACGGGGGCCCGCGAGAGCUGAGAGCGUGCGCCCUCAAGAGUCCAGCCGUGGCCGCGGCGCUCGCGAGGGAGCGGAUCAACGGGAAGAAGAGUUCGAAGGAUACGGGCAGGACCACGCUGGAGUUUGAUGUGGUUGAAUUGGCAAGUGCCAUGGGAUGGGAACUCACACCCGUGAAGAGAGAGCUUAGGCAGUUGCAGUGGAAGCAUGAUAAAAUAAAAGGUUGGGUGAGGACUGGUGUGAUGGUGGAGUUCUCAAACCUUGCAUUCUCAUUCCGUUGCCGUGGUAACCUGAGUGAUGCGGAGCUAGACGGUGUGGUAGAUUUCCUUUAUGGGAGAGUAAUGCACCUAGAGAAGAGAGAGCUAGGGCAACUUGAUACUAUCUACUCAACUCUGGAGAGUAUCUCCAAGAAAUCUUACAUGGACUGUUGUGAUGAGGUAGAUAUAGAGCGCAGUGAUCACCUCCGACAAGAGCUGAUCAAGUACUUCACAGAGGAACUUGAUCUAACCAAGAUACAGCGCAGUCAAAAGGACACAUCUAAGAUGGAAGGUUCUGAGGAGGGGCGCAUCCGUUUGACCAUCCGUCAGUUCAUCAGCGUCAAUCACGAUAGGACGUUCACCGGCCGUGCCAUUGCGCGCAUCCUCCAGGGGAUAGCCAGCCCCUGCUACCCAGCCCAAGUCUGGGGCCGGGAUAGACGAUUCUGGAGGAACCAUGUGGAGGCUGAUUUCAGGGCUGUUAUUAGGAUCGCUAAUGAGGAGGUCAUGAGGAUGAGAUGAUGAACGGCUUGAGGCUUGUCAUCAGACACAUAGGCCCGGAUUCACAAAGGUGGUUUUGAAAACCAUGUUUUAUGCGGAUUUUAUUUAUAAAUUCUGCCUGAUUUACUGAGUAUACUAAAAAAUGACCAAUGGUGAUGUACUCUUUUGUCACAGUGCGCCAAAUUCACGCCUGUUGCCAUUGUAAUCCAUGCUAUUUUAUUCAUGAGUCCAUUGUUUUGAAUUAAUGAGUCCAUUCUUCAUAAAAUUGGACUCAUGAGCAAAAUAGCAUGGCAACAGGCAUCAAUGUUGCACACUGACAAAAUUUCAAUAUACCUGGUAGAUAAGCGUAAUUUAUACAGGAAAUCCACAUAAACCAUGGGUUCAACUGAUGGAUUUCAAAACCACUUUUGAGAAUUCGGGCAGUAACUUUGCAAUUGAUUGUACAACAAAUUUGCACGAUUGAUUGUAUCGAUCACAAUGUACAAUCAUCAAUCGGUCACUAUGCUUUGUGCUAAGAGGGUCCUGGGUGGUGUUUCAUAAAGCUGUUCGUAAAGUUACACAUAACUUUACGCACGACUGGAACCAGUUACAUAGGGAUAUCAUGUAGCAUAAGAAAGGGUCACAAGUCUUGUGUAAAGUCAUUCGUAACUUAAGAACAGCUUUAUGAAACAGGCCCCUGGGUCCCGUAACACAAAGGUUAGCGAUUGAUCGCUAAUUUGAA